AUGAAUCCAUUUCUUUGUCUUUCUCCAUUUCUCAUCACAAUGAAUGGCUUCUCCGAUCUUAAUCCUUCCGAGAGCAAACCUUCGCUUUCACAUCUAGCUCCUUUAGAAGCCAUUCUGUUUGAUGUUGAUGGAACACUCUGUGAUUCAGAUCCCAUCCACCUUAUUGCCUUUCAGGAACUACUUCAAGAGAUUGGUUUUAACAAUGGUGUCCCAAUCGACGAGGAAUUCUUCAUUGCAAACAUUGCUGGAAAACACAAUUCCGAAAUUGCUCUUGCUCUCUUCCCUGACGAUGUUUCAAGAGGUUUAAAAUUCUGUGAGGAAAAGGAAGCUCUUUUCCGCAAGCUUGUUGCAGAAAAGAUAAAGCCGCUUGACGGGCUUAUCAAACUGACAAAAUGGAUCGAGGAGCGUGGAUUGAAACGAGCUGCAGUAACAAACGCUCCGAAAGAAAACGCAGAGCUCAUGAUAUCGAAACUUGGCCUGAGUGAUUUCUUUCAGGCAGUGAUUAUUGGGUCUGAAUGUGAGUAUCCAAAACCACACCCUGCGGCUUACUUGAAGGCUCUUGAAGUGCUUAACGUGUCAAAGGAGCACGCGUUAGUGUUCGAGGACUCCGUCUCUGGGAUCAAAGCUGGAGUUGCUGCUGGAAUGCCUGUGGUUGGACUAACUACAGGUAAUCCACCAAGCCUGCUUAUGCAAGCCAAACCGGCUUUUCUCAUCGAGAACUACGCUGAUCCAAAACUGUGGGAUGUGUUGGAAGAGCUUGAUAACAAGGCGAGUUCUGAAAAGAAAUCAAUAGAGGCGUCGGAAAAACUGAUCGAGCAAAGAAUCCGAUCACAAAGCCGGAGACAGAGAGAAAGAGGAAGAAGUUCCGGAGGAGGAAUCGUAGCUGCAGCAACAGCAGCAGCUCCUUCAAGCGGCGGUGGAAACGUGGAGUGGCACGUCCGACCACCGAACCCUAAAAACCCAGUUGUCUUCUUCGACGUCUCUAUUGGUGGCAUCCCCGCCGGUCGUAUCAAGAUGGAGCUCUUCGCAGACAUUGCCCCCAAAACCGCUGAAAACUUCAGGCAGUUCUGUACUGGUGAACACAGAAAGGCUGGGAAGCCUCUUGGUUACAAAGAGUGUCAGUUUCACAGGGUCAUCAAGGAUUUUAUGAUUCAGAGUGGUGAUUUUCUAAAGAAUGAUGGUAGUGGAUGCACGUCAAUCUAUGGCCACAAGUUCGAUGAUGAAAAUUUUACUGCCAAACAUACAGGGCCAGGACUGCUCUCGAUGGCAAAUAGUGGGCCAAACACAAAUGGGUGCCAGACUAUAAUGACCUUUGUGCUCUUUCCAUUGCAGUUCUUCAUCAGCUGUGCAAAAUGCGACUGGCUUGACAACGUGCAUGUUGUCUUUGGGAGAGUGAUUGGAGAUGGCUUAUUGGUUGUGCGAAAGAUUGAGAACGUCGCUGUCGGAGUCAAAAACCAGCCAAAACUUGCCGUUGUAAUUACAGAGUGUGGGGAGAUGUGAGAUAUGAGAUGUUCAACCAUAUAUUUUUCUCACUCUUUAAAGAACAUGUCUGCUAAAGGAGGAAUGUAGUGAGAGCCCAAAGUUCGUUAGUUAUAGAACUUACGCAUUGUGACAGAAGCUUAAUCCCAAUAUGGGUUUUUGGAGAACAUUGUCAGUAAGUUUUUUUCACUUGGUUGUCAAUCAUUAAGGCUCUUUGUAAACUUUGGUUUGAAGAUCAAUAACUCUGUGAGUGAAACGAGCAACUUUAUAUUCAUAGCUUCUUACUAAUAUCUGUAAAACUUGAAUAGCUAUGGAAGUAUCUAUGGUUAAUCAUCUUUCUGAAGAGCAACAUCGUUCAAUGGUAUUGAGGAAUAGCCUCUAAAAUCUUUGCCACCAGAAACAGCAGGACGUCGCGGUGUAUUCCCAAUCCGUCGACCAAUUGGAGUUUUGGUCACACUGUCUGUGUUAAGGCUCUGUCCCAAUGGCUUCUUCUUUGCAGACUUUGAGCCAUACUUUGCUUUUUUUGUCUGUAGCAAGGUGACCUUGUAGUCGUUUCUGCUACUGGAGUAGACGCUUUUCCUCCUCUCUUUCAGCUCGCACAACAAUUUCUUCUUUCAGUGUUUGUAAUAAUGGUUACCUUAUCACAUAAGAAGGGGAUUCCUCUAGCAGGCGAUAUUGAAUAAAAACACUAGCAGGCAGCAACAGUUACAUUUCCCGCUUUUGUAUCUAAAGUUGCUAUACCAUUACUCUGUCCUUUUACUGCAAUCUGGUUUAGUUGAUAGGCCUCUUUAGCCAUUCCGGCCUUAAGAAGACAAGAUAACAAAGAACUCACUGUAAUCUUAUCCGGUGAACAACCUAUCGCCACCAUUUUGUGGAAAAUGCUGAUUGCUUCACACAUCCUUCCUUUCAUGCAAUGACCAAUUAUAAGAAUCGUAAACGUGAUCUUAUCCGGUUUGCAUUUCUUCCUCUCCAUCUCAGCCACGAUAACAUUCGCCUCGUUGAGCUUCCCGGCUUUACAAAACCCGUCGAUCACAGGGUUGUACAAGAACGGUUUCGGAACAACGUCCUUAACAGCUAACUGCGCCAAAAGCUCGCGAGCCUUGAGCAGCCGAUUCUCUUUACAGAGCGCGUUGAUAAGAAUCGAAUAAGUAAACGCAUUGGGGAACAUUCCUUUAGCAUUCAUCUCUUCCCAAAGACUAAACCCUUUGUUCACUUGUCCCACUCUGCAGUAUCCAUCGAUCAACGAAGUGAAGGUCACAACAUCCGGAAAACAGCCGAAAGAGUCCAUCUUCUCGCGGAUGGCUUCCGCGGAAAGCAUCUCGCCAGCUUUCGCAUAACCGUCCACGAGAACAUUAAACGUUACGUUAGUCGGAUACAUUCCCAAAUCAACCAUUUCAUCUAGCAGAAGAGAUGCUUCUCGCGUCUUCCCGGCUUUACAGUACCCUGACAUCAUAGAGGUAUAAGUAACAACAUCCGGAGAGCAACACCCGCUUCUCGACUUGGCCUCGUUGAACAUCUCAUACGCUUUGUUAAGCUCAUUACUCUUGCAAAACCCUUUGAUCAGAGUGUUAUACGUGACGAUAUCAGGCGAACAACCAAAACUACUCAUCUCGCACAAAAGCUCUAACGCUUUAUCAGCUUUUCCUAUUCCACAUAAACCUCGAAUCAGAAUGUUAAACGUCCAUGUAUCAUUACAAGACUGAAACUUCAGAUGCGUAUUGAAUAGCUUCAUCGCAUCUUCAACACGGUCCAACCUCACUAACGUGUUCAGCUUACCCUUUUCAGCGAAAGAAGACACCAAAAACCCUAACAGUCGACUAUUCGGAGAAACGCCGUCACUCUUCAUGCACUCGAAUACCUUCCCGGCCAAAUCGUGCAACCCGGCUUUACAAAGAGAUCUCGUGAGAAGGUUAUAAGUCCAGAAAGAAUGGCGGAUGUUGAGCUUGAAUCUACUAAACUCCCAAAACCGAAACCCUGUGUGAGGAUUGUCGAGUUUCUUCACGACCUCAAAUGCGAUGAAGGGGUUCAGAUUCUUGCUCAGGUAGCAGAAACAGAGAUCGGAAUCCGGAACCCUGUAGACGAACAGAGUAGAGACGAUUUUGAUUAGCCACGCUUCGGGGCAAUGGAUUACCUCUCGGGUAUUGCUUUGUAGAGGACGAGCUUGAGCUCCUCCAUGAGUGUGUGUGUGGAUAAGGCCAAUGGUGGUGGCGAAGGAUGCUCGGAUCAUGACGGCGUGAAAGAAUUGGCCACGGCGAUUUGGGAGGAGCUAGGGAUUGUUUUGGUCAACCUCAUCUGUGUUUUUUUUUUCUUCUUUUCUUCAGAGGAGUGUGUGUGUGGAA